UCAUCAAAAUCAUAGCAUAUAAGCAAAACGUUAUUCUCUCCCUCCCUCAGUUCUCCAAACAUGAAAGGAACGGAUAUUUUUUGUGCUUCUCAAGCUUCAACAGCCAUCUGCUCUAGUGUGGUGGACCACCGUUCCAUGGUCCGCCAUGGCCAUAGGCGUAUCGAUCGCCAGAGUUCUAAGCCUUAUGCACCUUGUAAUUCAUCUCAAUUGCCUAUAAUUCCCAGGCCUUACCAUGAAAAGAGUAGGAAGAACAGUGUUAAGCCAAGUGAUGUAAAGAGCUCUCCGGGUUCAUCUACAUGUCUUCUAAGUGAUAGACCCUUUAUCGAUUGGUUACCAGAGUCUGAUCGUGUCUCGCCAUCGAUUCAUCCUUCUCAACCUGCAAAACCUAAGCUGCAUGAAAGCUCCAACAACAAUUCUUCUCCUGCUUUAAAGUCCUCUUCAUCUGCUCGAUCUCACAACCAGGUCGUUGUUUUGUGGGUAUCAAUCCAUUGCAAAGGAUGUGAAGGAAAAUUAAGAAAACAUAUCUCCAAAAUGGAAGGAGUGACAUCAUUCAGUAUAGAUUUACCCUGCGCCAUCUCAAUCUUCUCCAACGGUGAAAAUGGAUUACUGAUUCAAAAGAUAGAAAAAAGAAACAGGAUUGUUUUGAUAAUUAGUAUUAAUCCUUUGCAUGUUGCUUUUGUGUUUUUCUGA